CUGAGCUCGGGGCUGGGGCGGCGGCGCCUGCGAGAGGGCGGACCGGGUCAGCUGCUACAGGCGGGGCCGCGCGCGGAGCUGUGGGCGGCUGCCGAGUGUCCUGCCGCCGCCCAGCCUUCGCCACGAUGCCGGGGAUCGACAAGCUGCCCAUUGAAGAGACCCUGGAGGACAGUCCGCAGACAAGGUCUUUACUGGGCGUAUUUGAAGAAGAUGCUACUGCUAUUUCUAAUUAUAUGAACCAGUUGUAUCAAGCUAUGCAUCGGAUUUAUGAUGCACAGAAUGAAUUAAGUGCAGCAACUCACCUGACUUCGAAACUUUUGAAAGAAUAUGAGAAGCAGCGUUUUCCUCUGGGGGGUGAUGAUGAAGUUAUGAGCUCUACUUUGCAGCAGUUUUCCAAGGUCAUAGAUGAGCUUAGUUCUUGUCAUGCAGUUCUUUCAACUCAACUCGCUGAUGCCAUGAUGUUCCCCAUUUCCCAGUUUAAAGAAAGAGAUCUGAAAGAAAUAUUGACACUAAAAGAGGUAUUUCAGAUUGCUAGUAAUGAUCAUGAUGCCGCAAUUAAUAGGUACAGCCGGUUGUCAAAAAAGAGAGAAAAUGACAAGGUAAAAUAUGAAGUAACAGAGGAUGUGUAUACUUCCAGGAAAAAGCAACACCAGACCAUGAUGCAUUAUUUUUGUGCACUAAAUACUCUUCAGUACAAGAAGAAAAUAGCUUUGUUAGAACCUCUGCUUGGAUACAUGCAGGCUCAGAUAAGUUUCUUUAAGAUGGGUUCUGAAAAUCUCAAUGGACAAUUGGAAGAAUUUUUAGCUAACAUUGGAACAAGUGUACAGAAUGUGCGAAGGGAAAUGGAUGGGGAUGUGGAGACCAUGCAACAGACAAUAGAAGACUUGGAAGUAGCCAGUGACCCUUUAUAUCUGCCUGACCCAGAUCCCACCAAGUUUCCCGUCAAUCGAAAUUUAACCAGAAAGGCUGGAUACCUAAAUGCUAGGAAUAAAACAGGCUUGGUGUCAUCUACCUGGGAUAGACAGUUUUACUUCACGCAGGGUGGAAACUUAAUGAGUCAAGCCCGUGGAGAUGUGGCAGGAGGCCUAGCCAUGGACAUAGACAACUGUUCAGUGAUGGCUGUGGACUGCGAAGACAGACGAUACUGUUUUCAGAUCACUUCUUUUGAUGGAAAAAAAUCUUCAAUUUUGCAAGCAGAGAGUAAAAAAGACCAUGAAGAGUGGAUCUGUACAAUAAACAACAUAUCUAAACAAAUAUAUUUGAGUGAAAAUCCAGAGGAAACCGCUGCACGAGUGAAUCAGUCUGCUCUAGAAGCUGUCACUCCUUCCCCAUCUUUCCAGCAGAGACACGAGAGCCUGCGUCCAGGAGGACAAUCUCGACCACCAACAGCUCGAACCAGCAGUUCAGGAUCCUUGGGAUCAGAGUCUACAAAUUUGGCUGCCCUCUCUCUAGAUUCUCUUGUUGCUCCAGAUACACCAAUACAGUUUGAUAUAAUUUCUCCUGUGUGUGAAGAUCAGCCUGGCCAGGCAAAAGCCUUUGGUCAAGGAGGCAGGCGUACAAAUCCAUUUGGAGAAUCUGGAGGAAGCACAAAAUCAGAAACUGAAGACUCUAUUCUUCAUCAGUUGUUUAUUGUCCGAUUCCUUGGUUCUAUGGAGGUAAAGUCAGAUGACCAUCCAGAUGUUGUCUAUGAAACAAUGCGUCAGAUCUUAGCUGCUCGGGCCAUCCACAACAUCUUCCGUAUGACAGAAUCACAUUUAUUAGUCACUUGUGACUGUCUGAAGUUAAUUGAUCCACAGACCCAAGUUACAAGGCUCACAUUUCCAUUACCAUAUGUAGUUCUGUAUGCUACGCACCAGGAAAAUAAACGACUUUUUGGAUUUGUUCUCCGGACCUCAGGCGGAAGAAGUGAGAGUAAUCUGUCAUCAGUCUGCUAUAUAUUUGAGUCCAACAAUGAGGGGGAAAAGAUUUGUGAUUCUGUUGGAUUGGCAAAACAGAUAGCUUUGCAUGCUGAACUGGAUCGUAGGGCAUCAGAAAAACAAAAGGAAAUAGAGAGAGUAAAAGAGAAACAACAGAAAGAACUCAGCAAACAGAAAGAGAUCGAGAAGGACUUGGAAGAACAGAGUCGGCUGAUAGCUGCCUCCAGUAGACCAAGCCAGGCUGGUAGCGAGGGCCAGCUUGUCCUUAGCAGUAGCCAAUCAGAGGAGAGUGAUUUGGGAGAAGAAGGAAAAAAAAGAGAGUCGGAAGCAUGAACUUGUUGCUUUUUGAUUUCCCCUUUCCCUGGAAUGUGUCACACCGCAUCCAUGCUAAAGAUCAAGGAAGAGAUUACACUUUAUAUUUGCGUGUUCCGGCUUCAUUUAAAAAGACUGAACUUAAAACAGGUUAUAUUGAGCAUUUCCCCUUAAAAAUAAAAUGCUAUGCAUCAUCCUCCAACUCUGCUUUCCUAAACAAGACCCGCUUAAUUUCCUGUAGUAGAUUACUGAGGAAUUACACUUGCUCAAGAUAUUUUUCCUUUAAAUUGUGAACAUUUUAUUUUACACUGUAAUUGGUUGUCUCCAUAAGAAAUCAUUUUUUCUUCAGAUUCUGACGUUCAUGUGUGUACUUUCUCCCUUUCAUUAGGAAUGUUUUAUUGGUAGUGAGGGAGUGUUCAACUGAAUGAGCUUCAAAUCCUUUUUGUGGAGAACUCUGCAAGUUUGCAAAUGUUCUAACAAUAUCGAGUGCAAUAGCAUUUGUAUGAAAUCAUUAGGACGGCAGAUGGUGCUGUUGACAGGAUGGUUUGUGGCUUGCUCUGUUUCUCUAAUGUACUAGAUCAUGGCAGGAGGAGAGCCCUCACAUGUCUGUUGGUGUUGGUGCCGUCCUUGGUGUUUGUUACCGUCGUCUCCGCUCUCAGGUUGGGGCUUGACUCACUGCUGCAGAGCAGUAAGGGUUAGGCUGAGACUAAGAAUUUAUUGAGAUUGUUGUUGUUGUUGUUCAAACAUUUUAUACUACAAUUGACAUGUAAAGGGAGUGUUGUAGACUGAUACAUUGUAUUUUCUGUAUUGUGAAAUAAUUUUUAAUAAGUGACAUUUCAAAAGAUGUUCUAUAACAAUUAUGUUUACUGCUUAAAUAAAAUGUGCAGUUUAGUUUAGAAAA